AUGACUAGCGUAUACUUCAUGGCAGGAUCGAGCGGCAGCUCCGGCGGCGGAGGAGGAGGAGGAGCACAAAGCGUAUACUUUAUGCCGGGAGCAUCCAAAGGGGCCGGAGGAGGCGGAGGCGGCGGAGGUGGUGGUGGAGGAGGAGGAGGUUAUAGUGGCGGUGGUGGAGGUGGCGGCGGCGGAGGUGCCGUCAGCCAAUACAUGAUGCCAGGAGCCAGUGGUGGAGGUGGCGGAGGAGGAGCUCAAAGUGUCUACUUUACGCCGGGAGGUUACAGUGGUGGUGGUGGCGGUGGAGGCGGCGGUGGCGGUGGAGGAGGAGCAUACUUCUCCGUUCCCAGUAGCGGUGCCAAAGGAGGUGGGACAGCAGAAGUGGAACCCAGGACUGCGAUUGGAGCCGUCCAACCCGGUGGCGGUGCUGACUUCACCAAAACAGCAAUUCGCCCAGUUUCCGAUGAGACAAGAACUGCCAUACGACCAGUGUCAGAUUUUACAAAGACUGCCAUAGGACAACCGGACGAGACAAGGACUGCAAUUCGACCAGUGUCAGAUUUUACGAAGACUGCUAUAGGACAACCGGACGAGACGAGAACUGCGAUCCGACCAGUAUGCCCUGUGCAUGGUGAUACAACGAAGACAGCAAUCCGUCCAGUUUCUGACGAGACAAGAACUGCAAUAAGACCAGUUAGUGAUUUCACAAAGACCGCUAUACAACCUGUCGCGUCGAGCGGUGGUGGCGGAGGUGGCGGUUAUAGCGGUGGCGGUGGCGGCGGCGGCGGCGGUGGUGGAGGUGCACAGAGUGUUUACUUUGGCGUCGGUGGCUACUCCGGUGGAGGAGGUGGAUCUUCCGGAGGAGGCGGUGGCGGUUACAGCGGCGGCGGCAGUGGCGGCGGCGGUGGCGGCGGCGGUGGAGGUGCAGCAAACCAGAGCGUGUACUUCGGAGUCGGAGGCGGUGGCGGUGGUGGCGGCGGCGGUGGUGGUGGAGGAUUUGAUGGUGGAGCACGCAGCGCAUAUUUCAUGCCCAAAUAA